UGGGGGGGGGGGGGGUUACUUAUCACAUUAGAUCUUUUGGAUUUCCCUGCCUGCGCGAUUACCUUCUUGGUGAUUCCUAUUAUCCCAGGUGCUACAACUAAAUACCUAAAUUUCAUACCCUGGAGGCAGUUUUGAGUCGUCGAAUAAUUUUAGUUCAAUAGAUGGCGGCAUCAGUACCUGUGCGGCAAAUUGUAUCUGGGACUUCUCCUCGUUUUUUCCAGUUUGAGACAUGUUCCUAUGAUCUUGAGUUUGUAACGCCCAGGUCCAACAAAUCCAAUGUAUAUAACAGAAGAAAAAAAAUUUCCGGGUAUGUGCUCGGGAAAAGUAGUUCAAGAAUAUGCCUGACUUCGAAGAAGACAAGUACAUUGCAGGUUGUAGAUGGUGAAUUUCACGGGAUGAUUGAUCGUGGGCGAUUAGAAUCCGUUGUUUGCAAUUGUCAACGGGUAGACAGUGUUGGCAGCUCAGCAACUGAGGAUCAAGACAGUGCAUGGUCCUGGGCCACGGAAAAACGACCAUCAGGGUUUCUUAGCGGGAAUUUCACGGGUGGUAAGUCACAAGGAGAAGCUCUUAAGAUUGAUGAGCCGGUAGAACCCACAAAUGGAAGUUUAAUAGCCAACAGAAAGUCAACUGCGGGUGGACUUGCAAAAGAAACAUUGCAUGAGGUCAUUGAGAAUUCAAUUGAGGAUGAAGCAUGGAAUUUACUGAGGGACUCUAUUGUUUAUUAUUGCAAUAACCCUAUUGGAACUAUUGCUGCAAAUGAUCCAAGCAGUAGUUGUAUCCUAAACUAUGAUCAGGUCUUUAUCCGUGACUUCAUACCUUCUGGGGUAGCAUUUCUCUUGAAAGGAGAGUAUGAUAUUGUACGGAAUUUCAUUCUUCAUACGCUUCAGUUGCAGAGUUGGGAGAAAACCAUGGAUUGUCAUAGUCCUGGUCAAGGAUUGAUGCCUGCAAGUUUUAAAGUGCGGACUAUUCCCCUUGAUGGAGAUGAUUCUGCAACUGAGGAUGUCCUAGAUCCUGAUUUUGGUGAAGCUGCCAUUGGUCGUGUGGCACCAGUUGAUUCCGGACUUUGGUGGAUUAUAUUGUUGCGAGCAUAUGGAAAAUGUUCUGGAGAUUUGUCUGUGCAAGAGAGAGUUGAUGUGCAAACUGGAAUCAAAAUGAUUCUAAAGCUGUGUCUUGCAGAUGGUUUUGAUAUGUUUCCAACUUUGCUGGUGACAGAUGGUUCCUGUAUGAUAGAUCGUCGUAUGGGAAUUCACGGUCACCCUCUGGAGAUUCAAGCGUUGUUUUACUCAGCAUUACUAUGUGCGCGAGAGAUGCUUGCUCCUGAAGAUGGAUCAGCUGAUCUUAUUAGAGCACUGAACAGUCGGCUUGUUUCAUUAUCAUUCCACAUAAGGGAAUAUUACUGGGUUGAUAUGAGAAAACUCAACGAGAUCUACAGAUACAAGACUGAGGAGUAUUCAUAUGAUGCCGUUAAUAAAUUUAACAUCUAUCCUGAUCAAAUUCCCUCGUGGUUGGUGGAAUUCAUGCCAGCUAAAGGAGGUUAUUUGAUUGGAAACCUGCAACCUGCUCACAUGGACUUCCGUUUUUUUUCUCUUGGAAACCUAUGGUCUAUUGUAAGUAGUCUGGCCACUGCAGAUCAAUCACAUGCCAUCUUAGACCUAAUUGAAGCAAAAUGGUCAGAGUUAGUGGCUGGCAUGCCUUUCAAGAUAUGCUACCCUGCUCUUGAAGACCAGGAAUGGCGUAUUAUAACAGGCAGCGACCCCAAAAACACUCCUUGGUCCUACCACAAUGCAGGCUCUUGGCCAACUUUGCUCUGGCAGCUUGCCGUUGCAUGCAUUAAGAUGAAAAGACCAGAGAUUGCUUUAAAGGCUGUCCAGGUAGCUGAGAGCAGGUUAUCAAAAGACAAGUGGCCUGAGUACUAUGAUACAAAGCAAGCAAGGCUUAUUGGAAAACAGGCACGACUUUUUCAAACAUGGUCUAUCGCAGGAUACCUUGUGGCAAAGCUCUUGCUAGCCAAUCCGAAUGCUGCAAAAAUCCUUAUUAACGAAGAGGAUCCAGAGCUUAUAAAUGCUAUGCUAAGUGCCAACCCAAAGAAGAGGGAACGGGGCAGGAAGAAACAGAGCUUUAUAGUCUGAGUUGAUCUCAUGAGGUAGUCUUCCUCUCGAAUCUUCCAUAGCUUAUUGGCUUUUGAUGGUUCAGCUAUGAUUAUGAGACGCAGGCAGACAAGUUAGAGCGUCUUUCUCACCCAUUCCUUUUAGGGUUCACCUUUGUGUAUGUAUGAUGUUUUUGGAUGUGGCUCUAUUCUUUUUGAACAUUAAUUUUGUGAAUUUUAAGCCGUAAUAGAUUGUUAGAUGCACCCAAGUAAUGAAUAGACCUGUCAAUAUAUGCAAGUUCUGCAUAUUGUAUCUUUCGUUUUUAAGAAGUGCCACCGUCAUUUUUUAUAGUAUGUAUGUAUGUAUGUAACUUUGCUGGUAUUGUAGUCAAUUUCAAAUCCGGA